ACCCAAAAACCCUCGACUCCAUCGUGAACUAAUAAUAUAGCCAAAAAUAAAAGAGAGACUGACUCUCUCUCUCUCUCUAUCUCUCUCUUCUUUUCUCUGUGUCUGUCAAGAACCUCUUUUUCUCUCUCUCUGAAAAACCUCUUCUUCCUCUUUCCUUUCUCUUUUUAGAAAUGGAGUCUCUUGACCCAGCUGCUUGCUUCAUGGACGACUUACUGGACUUCGCUUCUGACAUAGGAGAAGAAGACGACGAUGAAGAACACAACAAACCCAGAAAGGCCCUUCCUACCCUUAACCCGAAUGGUCUUCACCCGGCUCCGUUUGAUGUUUUGGACCACCCAGAUGAUUCUACCCAUCCUUUACCUGAAUUUGCUGAGGAAGAGCUGGAAUGGUUAUCAAACAAAGAUGCCUUCCCGGCGGUGGAAACUUUCGUCGACAUUAUAUCGGAGAACCCAGGUAGUCUCCCUAAGCAGCGAAGCCCAGUUUCGGUGCUUGAAAACAGCACAACAAGUAGCACCAGUAUUAGCGGGAAUAGCAGCACAAAUGGCAGCGUUAUCAUGAAUUACUGCCGCAGCCUUCAAGUGCCCGUCAAGGCUAGAAGCAAGCACCACCGUAGACGGCGCCGCGACCUCCAAGCCCACCAGUGUUGGUGGAACCAAGAAAAUUUGAAGAAAGUAAGGCCACCCGUAACAUCAUCGACGAUGGGAAGAAAAUGCCAGCAUUGCGGUGCUGAAAAGACCCCUCAGUGGCGGGCUGGGCCGCUCGGGCCUAAAACCCUUUGUAAUGCAUGUGGUGUAAGGUUUAAGUCCGGGCGGCUGGUACCCGAGUACAGGCCCGCUAGUAGCCCGUCAUUUUGCAGUAAAAUGCAUUCAAAUUCGCAUAGGAAAGUUUUGGAGAUGAGGAAACAGAAGCAGAUGAUGGGAUUGGUUGUUGUGAAACCAAUGGAGAAAGGGUAGGGCAGUGGUGAUUGGUGCCCUCUCUUUUUCCUUUUUUCUUUUUCUUUUUUUUUUUUAAAUUUUUUUUACUAGCAUAGUUAGGAAGGCAGGGGUUUGGUGCAAUGGAAUUGGUAAUUAGUGAUGUUAUUUGGUUUUGAUGGAAAUUUAGUAGGGGAAUUUUGACUUGCUUAGUGUGUAUGGUUGGUUGGAUAUGUUUUAGAAUAGAAAAGCAAGGUAGUGUUAUUGGGUUUUGUCCUAAUCUUAAUUCUUUUGCUGCAUUUGGUUGGAUUGGAUUUUGCAUGAUCAAAUUAUAGGGAAAAAGAAAAGAUUUGUGGUUGAGGGUUUGGUGAUAUUCUUUUUGGCUGAGGCUUGAAAGUAGUGGUUUUUACUAACUAAUUUGAUAUUGGAUAGUGGCAUAGUGGAAGUUGGUGAGUUGUAACACACAAUUCAAACUUGUGGUUGUUUGGAGGAAGUCCCCUAUGAAAUUUUCUAAACACAGAGAAAUUGGGUCUUGUGAGUUUUAAUUCUAAAUGUUUGUGUUAAUGCUCUGCUCAAUAUGACUAGUUUUAUCUUUUUCAUGGCUCAA